AUGAAAUGUUACUUAUCGCAAAUAGCAAUUCAAAGUGUGCACACCAAACAAAAAUAUUUUAAACGAAGCACACACGUGGAUUUAUACGAGAAUAAUUGUGCUUUCAGAGAUACCUUGAAUGCGGCCAGGUGUCACUUUCAACGAGUGCAUUCAUCCGGAUUAACGGACGUUUUCGAUGAACGAUUGAGCAAAGUGGAAAGUGUGGAAGAUUGUGAACGUUUGUGUUUACGAUGGAGAGAUGGAAUGUGUAGAUCGUACACAUACGACAAAAGCGGUCAUAUCUGCUAUCUGAGUCACGUGACGAGUCGGAGUCUAGGACUGAAUCCACUCGAUUUCAUGACAAACUCAAACUUAUCAACGGCCGAUUUGGAUGAUUGUUUUCAGUGUGAG